CCGCGUUGCCCGGUUUUUCUCCCUCCCCUCGCGCGGAGCGAAGGCUCCCGAGUGUGACCGCGAACACCCUGAAGGAGACGCCAAGUUCCCCCUCGCCCGUCCUUCCUCCCGCCCCCCCUCCGUUUCCUCCUUGUGCGCCUGGCCCCUGCCUGCCUCCCUCCAGGGAGGGGGAGCAAAACAUGACAUCGAUCCACUUCGUGGUGCACCCGCUGCCGGGCACCGAGGACCAGCUCAAUGACAGGUUAAGAGAAGUUUCAGAAAAGCUUAACAAGUACAACUUAAAUAGCCAUCCUCCUUUGAAUGUUUUGGAACAGGCAACAAUUAAACAGUGUGUAGUGGGACCAAAUCAUGCUGCAUUUCUUCUUGAGGAUGGUAGAGUCUGCAGAAUUGGCUUUUUAGUUCAGCCAGACAGAUUAGAAUUGGGUAAACCUGAUAACAAUGAUGGUUCAAAGUUGAGCAGUGGCUCAGGGGCAGGAAGGACAUCCAGGCCAGGCAGGACUAGUGAUUCCCCAUGGUUUCUGUCUGGUUCUGAAACUCUGGGCAGACUGGCAGGCAACACCCUUGGAAGUCGAUGGAGCUCUGGUGUGGGAGGAAGUGGGGGAGGAUCAUCUGGUAGAUCAUCAGCUGGAGCUAGAGAUUCACGAAGGCAAACACGAGUUAUUCGAACUGGACGUGACAGAGGGUCUGGUCUACUGGGUAGUCAACCACAACCGGUGAUUCCAGCAUCUGUUAUCCCAGAAGAACUCAUUUCACAGGCACAAGUUGUUUUACAAGGAAAAUCUAGAAGUGUAAUUAUCAGAGAGCUUCAACGGACAAAUCUUGAUGUUAAUCUUGCGGUGAACAACUUGUUGAGUCGUGAUGAUGAGGAUGGUGAUGAUGGUGAUGAUACAGCAAGUGAAUCCUACCUUCCAGGAGAGGAUCUUAUGUCUCUUCUGGAUGCUGACAUACAUUCUGCUCACCCAAGUGUCAUUAUUGAUGCUGAUGCUAUGUUUUCAGAAGAUAUUAGUUACUUUGGUUAUCCAUCCUUUCGGCGCUCAUCACUUUCCAGGCUAAGCUCGUCCCGAGUUCUCCUUCUUCCCUUAGAGAGAGACUCUGAGCUGUUGCGUGAACGUGAGUCCGUUUUACGUUUGCGUGAACGAAGGUGGCUUGAUGGAGCCUCAUUUGAUAAUGAAAGAGGCUCUACAAGCAAAGAAGGAGAGCCAAACCUUGACAAGAAGAAUACACCUGUCCAAAGCCCAGUCUCAUUAGGAGAAGAUUUGCAGUGGUGGCCAGAUAAGGAUGGAAUGAAAUUUAUUUCUAUUGGUGCUCUGUAUUCUGAAUUGGUCGCAGUGAGCAGUAAAGGGGAGCUCUAUCAGUGGAAGUGGAGUGAAUCUGAACCAUAUAGAAACACACAGAAUCCAUCAAUACAUCAUCCACGUGCAGGAUCAUUGGGAUUGACAAAUGAGAAGAUAAUUCUUCUUUCUGCAAAUAGCAUUAGAGCAACUGUUGCUACCGAAAACAAUAAGGUGGCUACUUGGGUAGAUGAAACUUUGAGUUCUGUAGCUUCUAAAUUAGAACAUACCGCACAGACCUACUCAGAACUUCAAGGAGAACGGAUAGUUUCACUGCAUUGUUGUGCCCUGUAUACAUGUGCUCAGUUGGAGAAUAAUUUAUAUUGGUGGGGUGUAGUUCCUUUUAGCCAAAGAAAGAAGAUGCUGGAAAAGGCUAGAGCCAAAAAUAAAAAGCCCAAGUCUAGUGCUGGUAUAUCUUCAAUGCCAAAUAUCACUGUUGGUACUCAGGUGUGUUUGAGGAAUAAUCCUCUCUAUCAUGCUGGUGCAGUGGCCUUUUCAAUUAGUGCUGGAAUUCCUAAAGUUGGUGUAUUAAUGGAGUCUGUUUGGAAUAUGAAUGAUAGCUGUAGAUUUCAGCUUCGGUCGCCAGAAAGUUUAAAGAACAUGGAGAAAGCUAAUAAAACUACAGAAACAAAGCCUGAAAGUAAGCAGGAACCAGUGAAAACUGAAAUGGGCCCACCGCCUUCUCCAGCCUCUACCUGCAGUGAUGCGUCUUCAAUAGCAAGCAGUGCAUCAAUGCCAUAUAAACGGCGAAGAUCUACCCCAGCUCCUAAAGAAGAAGAGAAGGUGAAUGAGGAACAGUGGUCUCUUAGAGAAGUUGUAUUUGUGGAAGAUGUUAAAAAUGUUCCUGUUGGGAAGGUAUUAAAAGUGGAUGGUGCUUAUGUUGCUGUAAAAUUUCCAGGAACAUCUACUACUGCAAAUUGUGCAAGCAGCACUGGUUUAGAUCCUGAUCCCUCUUCUCUUCUUCAAGAUUGCCGAUUGCUCCGAAUAGAUGAACUACAAGUGGUAAAAACUGGUGGGACACCAAAAGUUCCAGAUUGUUUUCAGAGAACUCCUAAAAAACUAUGUAUUCCAGAAAAAACAGAAAUUCUGGCAGUUAAUGUAGAUUCAAAAGGAGUCCAUGCUGUUCUCAAGACUGGAAAUUGGGUUAGAUAUUGCAUUUUUGAUCUAGCAACUGGAAAAGCAGAACAGGAAAAUAAUUUCCCCACUAGCAGCCUUGCUUUCCUUGGGCAGAAUGAGAGAAGUGUUGCUAUUUUCACUGCUGGACAGGAAUCACCAAUCAUUCUUAGAGAUGGAAAUGGCACUAUAUAUCCAAUGGCAAAAGAUUGUAUGGGUGGAAUAAGAGAUCCUGAUUGGCUUGAUCUCCCUCCUAUCAGCAGUCUGGGAAUGGGAGUACAUUCCUUAACAAAUAUUCCUGCUAAUUCAACCAUUAAAAAGAAAGCUGCUAUCAUCAUAAUGGCUGUUGAGAAGCAAACUUUAAUGCAACAUAUUCUGCGAUGCGACUAUGAGUCCUGCAGACAGUAUCUUAUGAACCUCGAACAAGCUGUUGUCUUGGAUCAGAACCCACAAAUGCUACAGACAUUCCUUGGCCAUCGAUGUGACGGAAAUAGAAAUAUUCUGCAUGCUUGUGUGUCUGUGUGCUUUCCAACCAGUAAUAAAGAAACUAAAGAGGAAGAAGAAGCAGAGCGCUCAGAAAGGAAUACGUUUGCUGAAAGAUUAUCUGCUGUUGAAGCUAUUGCAAAUGCUAUUUCAGUGGUGUCAAGUAAUGGACCAGGAAAUCGUGCAGGUUCCUCCAGCAGUAGAAGUUUGCGACUGAGAGAAAUGAUGAGACGAUCUUUGAGAGCAGCAGGUUUGGGCAGACAUGAAGCUGGAGCUUCAUCAAGUGACCAUCAGGAUCCUGUUUCUCCUCCCAUAGCUCCUCCAAGCUGGGUUCCUGAUCCUCCAGCAAUGGAUCCUGAUGGUGACAUUGAUUUUAUCCUGGCUCCUGCUGUGGGAUCUCUUACCACAGCAACAACUGGCACUGGCCAAGGACCAAGCACUUCUACCAUACCAGGUCCUUCUACAGAACCUUCUGUAGUGGAAUCAAAAGACAGGAAGGCCAAUGCACAUUUCAUACUGAAAUUGUUGUGUGACAGUGUUGUUUUACAGCCAUAUCUCCGGGAACUCCUGUCAGCCAAGGAUGCAAGGGGAAUGACACCAUUUAUGUCUGCAGUCAGUGGCAGAGCAUAUCCUGCUGCAAUUACUAUUUUAGAAACUGCACAGAAAGUUGCAAAAGCAGAGGCAAUGUCAAGUGAAAAAGAAGAAGAUGUCUUUAUGGGAAUGGUUUGUCCAACUGGCACAAAUCCAGAUGACUCUCCUUUGUAUGUUUUGUGUUGCAAUGAUACUUGUAGUUUUACAUGGACUGGUGCAGAACAUAUAAAUCAGGAUAUAUUUGAAUGCCGAACAUGUGGUUUAUUGGAAUCGCUGUGCUGUUGCACAGAAUGUGCACGAGUGUGCCAUAAAGGCCAUGAUUGCAAGCUUAAACGCACAUCACCUACAGCAUACUGUGAUUGUUGGGAGAAGUGCAAGUGCAAAACAUUAAUUGCAGGACAAAAAUCUGCCCGUCUUGAUCUGCUUUUCCGGCUGCUUACUACUACAAAUCUUGUCACCAUGCCAAAUAGUAGGGGGGAACAUCUUCUACUGUUCUUAGUACAGACAGUUGCGCGACAAACAGUAGAGCACUGCCAAUACCGUCCACCAAGAAUUAGAGAAGAUCGUAAUCGUAAAACUGCAAACCCUGAAGAUUCAGAUAUGCCUGAUCAUGAUUUAGAACCGCCACGAUUUGCACAGCUUGCCUUGGAACGUGUUUUACAAGACUGGAAUGCCUUGAAAUCGAUGAUCAUGUUUGGCUCACAGGAGAACAAAGACCCUCUUAGUGCAAGCAGUAGGAUUGGUCACCUUUUACCUGAAGAACAAGUUUACCUUAAUCAGCAGAGUGGUACUAUUCGGCUGGAUUGUUUUACACAUUGUCUCAUUGUGAAAUGUACAGCAGAUAUUUUGCUUUUAGAUACUUUGCUGGGGACACUUGUCAAAGAAUUGCAAAACAAGUACACUCCAGGUCGCAGAGAAGAAGCAAUUUCUGUUACAAUGCGGUUUCUGCGUUCUGUAGCUAGAGUUUUUGUAAUUCUUAGUGUGGAAAUGGCUUCCUCAAAAAAGAAAAACAACUUUAUUCCGCAGCCAAUUGGAAAAUGUAAGCGUGUAUUCCAAGCUUUAUUACCUUAUGCUGUAGAGGAAUUAUGCAAUGUAGCAGAGUCCCUCAUUAUCCCAGUUAGGAUGGGUAUUGCACGUCCUACAGCACCUUUUACAUUGGCAAGCACAAGUAUAGAUGCCAUGCAAGGCAGUGAAGAGCUGUUCUCAGUAGAACCUCUUCCUCCACGGCCAUCUUCUGACCAGUCCAGCAGUUCCAGUCAGUCACAAUCCUCAUAUAUCAUUAGGAAUCCACAGCAAAGGCGGAUCAGUCAGUCUCAGCCAGUUCGUGGCAGAGAUGAAGAACAAGAUGAUAUUGUGUCAGCAGAUGUGGAAGAGGUUGAAGUAGUUGAAGGAGUUGCAGGAGAAGAAGAUCACCAUGAUGAACAAGAAGAACAUGGUGAGGAAAAUGCAGAAGCAGAAGGCCAGCACGAUGAACAUGAUGAAGAUGGAAGCGAUAUGGAGUUGGAUUUAUUGGCGGCAGCAGAAACAGAGAGUGACAGUGAAAGUAAUCAUAGCAACCAGGAUAAUGCUAGUGGGCGCAGAAGUGUUGUCACUGCAGCUACGGCAGGAUCAGAAGCAGGCGCUAGUAGCGUGCCAGCUUUUUUUUCUGAGGAUGACUCUCAGUCAAAUGAUACCAGUGAUUCAGACAGCAGCAGCAGUCAGAGCGAUGAUAUAGAGCAAGAAACUUUUAUGCUGGAUGAGCCACUGGAGCGAACAACCAGCAGCUCUCAUGCCAAUGGUGCAGCCCAGGCCCCCCGAUCCAUGCAGUGGGCUGUACGCAACACCCAGAAUCAGAGGACCACUAGCACCGCACCAUCUAGUACCUCCGCUCCAGCAGCCAGUUCAGCAGGCUUAAUUUAUAUUGAUCCAUCCAACCUGCGUCGGAGCGGAACCAUCAGUACCAGUGCAGCAGCCGCAGCCGCGGCUCUUGAGGCGAGCAAUGCUAGCAGCUACCUAACAUCUGCAAGCAGUUUGGCAAGGGCGUACAGUAUUGUGAUACGACAAAUAUCAGAUCUUAUGGGACUAAUUCCCAAAUACAAUCAUUUGGUAUACUCCCAGAUCCCAGCUGCAGUGAAGCUGACAUACCAAGAUGCUGUGAAUUUACAGAAUUACGUUGAAGACAAACUGAUUCCCACUUGGAAUUGGAUGGUGAGCAUUAUGGACUCCACUGAAGCUCAGCUACGUUAUGGAUCUGCACUUGCCUCUGCUGGAGAUCCUGGCCAUCCAAACCAUCCUCUUCAUGCAUCACAGAACUCAACCCGGAGAGAGAGGAUGACAGCACGUGAAGAAGCUAGCCUAAGGACUUUGGAGGGUAGACGGCGUGCUACAUUGCUCAGUGCUCGACAGGGGAUGAUGUCUGCAAGGGGAGAUUUCUUGAAUUACGCCCUCUCCUUGAUGCGUUCCCACAAUGAUGAGCAUUCUGAUGUUCUUCCAGUCUUAGAUGUCUGCUCAUUGAAACAUGUAGCCUAUGUCUUUCAAGCUCUCAUUUAUUGGAUUAAAGCAAUGAACCAACAAACAACUUUGGAUACGCCUCAGCUGGAACGGAAGAGGACUCGAGAGCUUCUGGAACUUGGCCUGGACAAUGAAGAUUCUGAACAUGAAAAUGAUGAUGAUACGAAUCAAAGUACUACACUUAAUGAUAAGGAUGAGGACUCCCUUCCAGCUGAAACAGGCCAAAAUCAUCCAUUCUUCCGGCGAUCAGAUUCUAUGACAUUCUUGGGCUGUAUUCCCCCUAAUCCUUUUGAAGUUCCUCUAGCAGAGGCCAUCCCUCUGGCAGACCAGCCUCAUCUGUUACAGCCAAAUGCUAGAAAAGAAGAUUUGUUUGGUCGGCCAAGUCAAGGUCUCUAUUCAUCGUCUGCCAAUAGUGGGAAAUGUUUAUUAGAAGUGACCGUGGAUAGAAACUGUCUUGAGGUUCUUCCAACCAAGAUGUCCUAUGCAGCCAAUUUAAAAAAUGUGAUGAGCAUGCAGUAUCGGCAGAAGAAAGAAGAAGAACAAAAUGUGCCAUCAGAAGAAUCCGAAGGUUCAAAGCCGGGGCCGUCAGCACACGAUCUUGCAGCACAACUGAAAAGCAGUUUAUUGGCAGAGAUUGGGCUAACUGAAAGUGAAGGACCUCCUCUAACAUCCUUCAGGCCACAAUGUAGCUUCAUGGGAAUGGUAAUUUCUCAUGAUAUGCUGCUUGGACGUUGGCGUCUUUCUCUAGAGUUAUUUGGAAGAGUAUUCAUGGAAGAUGUAGGAGCAGAACCUGGAUCGAUCUUGACUGAAUUAGGUGGUUUUGAAGUGAAAGAAUCAAAAUUCCGCAGAGAAAUGGAAAAGCUGAGAAAUCAGCAGUCUAGGGAUUUAACAUUAGAGGUUGAUCGGGAUAGAGACCUUCUGAUUCAGCAAACAAUGAGGCAGCUCAACAAUCACUUUGGUCGAAGAUGUGCUACCACUCCAAUGGCUGUCCAUAGGGUAAAGGUUACAUUUAAGGAUGAACCAGGAGAAGGCAGCGGUGUGGCACGAAGCUUUUAUACUGCUAUUGCACAAGCCUUUUUGUCAAAUGAGAAACUGCCAAAUCUGGAUUGUAUUCAAAAUGCCAACAAGGGGACACAUACAAUUGGAAGUUUUCUGCUUACAACAUUUGGACUGGAGUAUUUUGAGCCAAAGGCAGUUACAGGUCUAAUGCAGAGAUUACGGAACAGAGGGGAGAGAGAUCGAGAAAGGGAGCGGGAGAGAGAAAUGAGGAGAAAUAGUAGUGGGUUGCGAACUGGUUCUCGAAGAGACAGAGACAGGGAUUUCAGGAGGCAGCUGUCCAUUGACACCAGACCUUUUCGACCUGCAUCUGAAGGAAAUCCUAGUGAUGACCCCGAUCCUCUUCCAGCACAUCGACAGGCCCUGGGUGAAAGACUUUAUCCCCGUGUACAAGCAAUGCAACCUGCAUUUGCAAGCAAGAUUACAGGCAUGCUAUUGGAAUUGUCACCUGCACAGCUGCUUUUGCUAUUAGCAAGUGAAGAUUCCCUUCGAGCAAGAGUGGAUGAGGCUAUGGAGCUCAUCAUUGCACAUGGGAGGGAAAAUGGAGCUGACAGCAUUCUAGACCUUGGCUUGUUGGAUUCUUCUGAUAAAGUACAAGAAAAUAGAAAACGACAUGGUUCUAGUCGUAGCGUUGUGGACAUGGAAUUAGAUGAUACAGAUGAUGGUGAUGAUAAUGCACCACUGUUUUAUCAACCUGGAAAACGAGGUUUUUAUACACCGAGGCCAGGCAAAAAUACAGAAGCCAGACUGAAUUGCUUCAGAAAUAUCGGCAGAAUUCUAGGGUUGUGCUUGCUGCAAAAUGAACUAUGUCCGAUUACAUUAAAUCGACAUGUAAUAAAAGUUCUUCUUGGCAGAAAGGUUAACUGGCAUGAUUUUGCCUUUUUUGAUCCGGUUAUGUAUGAGAGUUUACGGCAACUCAUCCUCGCUUCCCAAAGCACAGAUGCUGAUGCAGUUUUUGCAGCAAUGGACUUAGCUUUUGCGAUAGACCUGUGCAAAGAGGAAGGUGGAGGACAGGUUGAACUUAUUUCCAAUGGUGUAAAUAUUCCAGUCACUCCUCAAAAUGUGUAUGAAUAUGUCCGUAAAUAUGCAGAACAUAGAAUGUUAGUAGUUGCAGAACAACCUCUACAUGCAAUGAGGAAGGGUCUAUUGGAUGUACUCCCAAAGAAUUCAUUAGAAGACUUGACAGCAGAAGAUUUCAGGCUUCUAGUCAAUGGAUGUGGUGAAGUUAAUGUUCAGAUGCUAAUCAGCUUUACUUCUUUCAAUGAUGAGUCAGGAGAAAAUGCUGAGAAACUUCUGCAGUUUAAACGAUGGUUUUGGUCCAUAGUAGAGAAGAUGAGUAUGACUGAAAGGCAAGAUUUAGUCUACUUUUGGACAUCUAGCCCCUCAUUACCUGCUAGUGAAGAAGGAUUUCAGCCUAUGCCAUCCAUCACAAUAAGACCACCAGAUGAUCAACACCUUCCUACAGCAAACACAUGUAUAUCACGCCUUUAUGUUCCACUUUAUUCUUCUAAACAGAUUCUUAAACAGAAGUUACUACUCGCCAUUAAGACCAAAAAUUUUGGUUUUGUGUAGACUAUUAAAAAAAAGUGUGUAUUGCUGUAUAAUUAUUACUAGCUAGAUUUUUUGUAGAGUUUCCAUUUGUCCAUAAAAGUUUAUGAAAGUUAAUGCUGUCAUGCCCCCUCCUGCUGCUGGUACUGCAAAGAUAAAAUGCAACAUUCCCAAACAAAGUUGGUAACCCAAGGGCUGAAGAAGCACUGGCGAUGUUAGAUUGUGAUCAUUUGCUAGUCAUUAACUUCUUGGCCAAAUCCAGCCAAAGAUGACAGCAGAACAAUAUAAAUUACACUGUGAUUUAACUUUUUGCAAAAGGGGUAGAAAUAUGUCAAAUGUUCUUAAAAAAAUAAUAAUUCACUGCUGCCUUUCUGGAAAGUGUUUCAGCAAAGGUGCUUGUAUAGAGGGAAUAGGAAAUUUCAAAAUAAAAGAUGAAGUAUGUCCUGUGGUUUAUUUUAACUUUUUUUAAAAAAAAGAAAAAGAAAAAUGGUGUUUAAGUUUGUGGUUGGCUGCAGUUGUGCAUCAUGUAUAUUGAACUUGUAAAAAGUUCUUGCCAGUUAGAGCUAAGAGUUGAAAUCAUUCACGUUUGCUUACAAAAACCACUGCCAUUGCAAUUUUGUCUGCUUGCACUGGACUCUGGCACAAUAAAUACCACCAUUAAUGUUUUGCAUGUAGUCUGUAUAACCUUAGUGAGAUUCUUUUUGUACGUAAGAAGGAAGCCAAUGCACAGUAUUUAAUCGUUUACAAUCAACAUUUUGUAUCCCUCUUUCUUUGAGCAGUCAGUUAGGAGGCUUAUACCUCCAGCUCAAAUCCAGACACUUGUUCUGCUGUGUCUCAAGCUGGUUAAAUUUUCAGCCUGGGCACUACCUGGUAACUGUAAAAUGUUUAUAAGAUCAUGAUUAUUUGAAGGUACAUUUUGGAAAAAAAAAUUUAAUGUUCGUGAGCAGCUUAACUACUUUUGUAUCUAGCCUUUUUUAAGUAUCUUGUUACAGUUUUUAAUAAAUUACAGUCAUACUGAAAAAAAAUAGUUUUUAUUUAUGUGAACUGUAUAUUUUAGUUGCUACUGCACACCACAGUUAUCUAUUAAGUUAUUUGUAAGUGAAUAAAACUACUCUUCCUCUUCAAUUAAAAUAGAAUCAGUUCAGUCUGCAUUUUACAGUUAGCAGAAAAGUUAAAGAUUGCCUGAUCCAACAAAGUAUAUAAUCUUUUCAUCAUAUAUCGCUUACUCAGCACAAAAAUGUUUGCCAAAUGCAAUGUGGUGCACAUACAAAAUGCUAUUUUUAUUAAAGCAUUUUAGUGCACAACAUUUCAGUAUAUUAAGAUCCUACUUAGUUGAACACUAACAUAUUGUAGGAAAGAGGAAGAUUCUUUUUUAAUUUUAUGCUUACCAUCUCAUAGUCAGGAAUUCCUUAUAAUUCGUUAACUCUUUUUUUCUGUGGGGUUUUGGCAGGGGGUAGGGGGAAUUGCACAUCAUUAAGAACUUGCCUGAAUUUCUGCCAAAAUGGACCACCUCUUCUCUUUCACGCCUCUUUCUGCCUUAGCUUGAAAAUAGCAUCCUGCUUCUGUAAAGUAUCUAUUGUUUUGGCAGGCACUCUAGUAGUGUAAAUCCUAACUGUAACCUCUUUUAAAUAAAGACUGAAGACUGUUCUCUUAAAAGCUGACUGUGCCAGGCUUACUCAGUUUUUAAAAAAAUUAAAUAGCAGGUGCUUCAUUUAUUCCCCUUGCACAUUUUGAUGAAAUCAUUCUUUCUGAAUGACAGCCCUUUUAAGGAUAAGGAUGGAGUUUUUCAUGUUUGGUGUAGAAUUCAGGUUCUGUUUUUGAAUUUGCUACUUGGCUUAUAGCAAGUUUCAUAAUGUCUGAGCCUCUUGCAUUCUGUAAUUUUAAAAAAUGCUACCUACCUCUCAGAAGAGUUGAGGCAUAAUAAAGUUAAUAUUCUCCGAAGCCCUUUUAGGAAAGGCUGUGUAUAUUGUAAAAUAUUGUUAUAUAUAACCUGUGUAUAUCUAGUAUAUCCCUGUUAUAUGUAUAGCUCUGUAUAUAACACAAUUGUUAUACAACAGUCACAGCAAAAUACAUUACAAAAAUUUAUAAGGCCUAUACAGUAGCGCGCGUGUGUGUGUGUACACACACAUGUACACAAACAAUACUUUGUUGUUACUCUAAUGCCAAGGGGAAAGCUAGAAUGAUUGAUGUUGUAGUCAUUGACUCAAAAUGUGUAUGUAGCUAUAUAAAUAGCUUUUCUCUGUAUAUUUGAACAUUAUCAAGCUUUUAAUAAGAAAUGCUUAUUAAAAUUGUACACCGCA